AUGGAUAAAUCAUUGAUAGCAUUUAUAUUGGCAUGUGUGAUACCACCAUUCUGUUUGUUCACAACAUUGCCUUCUCUUCAAUUGCAAUGGAGGAUCGUCCAGUCAUCGAUCUUUUCAUUUGUUGCUGGAGUGCUUGCCUACAAGUUGAUUCCAACCAUUGCUGAGCUCACUGCUGCAGCUGGUUUGGCUGGUACAGACCUCAACAAGAGAGGACUAAAGCAAACAGAGAACAAGAAGAUCCCAGAGAGUCUUGGAAUUGUUACCUCUGUUGUAUUCCUAGUAUGUGUCAUAUUGUUCCAACUGUUCCAAUGGUUCUCCUUCCCAGAGGCAAUACAAUUAAGUGAAUACAAUGCAGCAUUGACAUCAAUUUGUUUCAUGAUAUUGCUUGGAUUCAGUGAUGAUGUAUUGAAUCUUAGAUGGAGAUACAAAUUGAUCCUGCCAAUGUUUGCCACGUUGCCACUGCUCGUAGCUUAUGCUGGUGGAACGUCCGUGGUGGUACCAAAUAUCACUUUCCCAUUCAAUCUGCGUAGCGUCCUUGGACAGGUGUUCGACCUUGGCAUCUUUUACAGGAUCUACCUCUUGUUGUUGGCCAUCUUCUGCACCAACUCUAUCAACAUCCUUGCCGGAAUCAAUGGCCUUGAGGUUGGACAAUCCGCUGUGAUUGCAACAUCGAUUAUCAUCCACAACAUUGUUGAACUGCGUCUGCACUAUUCAUCAUUGUCACAGGUUGUUGACGGUGUGCUCAACCAGACCCUGUUGCCAGCAUCGCCCCAUCUCUUAUCAUUGGUACUGAUGAUUCCAUUCCUCUUUACCACCUUGGCACUGUUGAUGCACAACUGGUAUCCUUCACGUGUCUUUGUCGGAGAUACAUUCACCUACUUUGCCGGUAUGUGCUUUGCAGUUGUUGCAAUCCUCUGUCACUUUAGCAAAACCCUUCUACUCUUCUUUAUCCCUCAAAUUCUCAAUUUCCUCUACAGUGUUCCACAGUUGUUUGGACUUAUUGAAUGCCCUCGCCACAGAGUGCCGAGAUUCAAUCCAUCCACUGGCAAGAUGGAGGCCAUCCCAACCAACCUCACUAUAUUGAACCUUUUCCUUAUGAUCUUUGGUCCAAUGACUGAAAAGAGACUCUGUAUCACUCUCUUGAUCUUCCAAGGAUUUUGCUGUGCCGUUGGAUUUGGUCUCAGAUAUUACGUUGCCGAUUACUUCUUCUAG